UAUGUUGCAGGUGAUUUCCGGUUCUUAAACCGUCGAUGGUAUGUUUUCGAUAUUUUAUGCUGUUUAGAAAAUAUUUUAUGCUGUUUUGUUUUGGAGCUGCGUUCUUUUAUCACAUUGAUGUCUCUCAGCGCAAGUGGUCCUAUACAUCAAUGGGAAGACUAAAGGUUUUGGAAAGCCCUGCUGGAAUGCGAGCAAAGUUUAUGCUUGAGUUACUCUAGGACCCCACUGGAUGUGUGAGCACUCCUCUGUAUUGUUAUGCAAAGUCUUGGACGUGUGAACCUUAGAAGUCAUUGUUCAAGAAGAUUUUGGAGGACAUUUAGACCUAUGGCUUCAUGAGUUUAUAGAGCCCCAGAAAUGAAUGAAGGACUGGUGGAUAACCUAGGUUCCGGGAGAGGGCCAGGGGAGGAAGACAUGGAGAUAAACGGAGAGGUACUCAAAUCUACAAAUGAUCCACUUAUAGAAAGGGAGGAGAGGACUGAAGUCGGGGACAAUGGGAUGGAGAGGACCUCUCAGGUCCUAUCGCCACUGGAGGCCCUGGCUCCCUCGGACAGCCUUGACAUUCAGGACCAUGCCACCUCCGGUCCUGUGAUGACAGGCCAUAGGCAGACAGAGAAGAUCCCAGGGGGAGUUGCUGAGGAACCCCCUGUAGACUGGUUUGAGCCCCUGGAGGAUGACAAUUAUGACGAUGACACAAAGGGCUUGGACUUGGGCCUUGCUAUGGGGGAGCGAUGCGUGAAUGACAAGGAGGAUGCCGAAGAGGAGAGUGUUGCAGAGAGCGAAAGGAGCGGGAGCGUGGCAGGCCUUGAGAAGAAAAUCAACAGCAACAACCUGUUUUCUGUUUAUAGACGGAAGAAAAGAGUAACAGUUGAAGAGGGCUGGGAGGACUGGCCGGCACUUGGAAAGGGUUGGAAGCGCAAAGCGGUUGUUCGUCGUUCAGGUUCUAGUGUUGGUCAGAGUGACGUUUAUUACAUGAGUCCGAGUAAUGAGCGUGUGAGAAGUAGGGUUGAGCUUUCCAAAGUCCUGGCAGAUACUCUGGACAUGACAAUGUUUGAUUACAAAGCUGGGGUGUUCAGGGGUGCUGGACAGCCCAAGCCCUUGCGUGCGAGAAAGACGAAUAUACAGAAGGAUCAUCCUCCCUUAGUGGACUGUGGCUUUUCCUCAGAGUCCAGCUUGAUGGACAGAGGGGACCGGGCAGACAGUCCUGACUCCCAUCACAGACUGACCCCUCUGAGUCGCAGCUCUAUGGGCACGCCAAGCAGAGACCCCCACCUCCAACAUACCACUCCCCCAAGACCGAACUCCUCUCUCACACAGAUUAGUUCAGCCUCUGUCGCUCAUGAUGUGGAAGGUAUGAAGCACAAUGCAACUAAACUGCCCUGGAGCCCUGCAUCAUCGCUUUCAGUCUCCUUCAAUGGGAUGGCUGGUUCAGAGCCCUGCUUUUGCAUCUGUGCCAUUUGUGGUAAUUCAUAUACAGGCUUUGAAUAUGAAAGGCAGAUGAAGGAUCCCUGUUUCCCCAAAUGCAGGGCCAAUAAGCCAGCUAUAGCCAAGAAUCCACUUUAUCAAAGAUUCAGAAAGUGGAUUCCUUGUGGUAACUGUAAGGCUUGCCUUACCACAGAAGAUUGUGGGAGCUGUGCCAACUGCAAAAAAACACUGAACCCUGACACCAGAAAACCUGUCUGCUGUCGGAAACGCAAAUGUUUAUGUCCUAUCCUCAAGCAUAAACCCGAUGGUCCCCAAAAGUUGGAUCCCUAUCCCAUAACGAAUUUCAAGAUUGACAGCGGAGAAUUGCAGAACUCCACUCCUCAAUACAGUGACCCCGAGGACUUCUCUGUGAAUGUUGAUGUAGAAGAUGACGAUGAAGAGUUUGAUGGUGAUGAUGCUGACUAUGAGGCUUGGGUGAGGAAACGUAAGCGGCGCUCCUGUGGGAAGUGUGAAGCCUGUAAUAGUAGGACGGACUGUGGCACUUGUGAUUUCUGCAUAGACAAACCGAAGUUUGGAGGCAGCAAUAAGAAGAGACAGAAGUGCCGUCUACGGCAGUGCCAGAGACAGGCCAUGAGACACUUGUUGCCCUUUCAGUUGGGCCAGACUGAUUUUGGGUCCCAAGAGGGGUGGGUGCAGCUUGGCAGGCCUAGGCCUCACUUUACAUACAGUCGCAAGACAACCCCAAAGAAAAGUAAAACGCAGCAUCUAGAAGUGGACCUGGAGUUCACUGAUGAUGAAGACGAGCCGCUGCAGGAAGAAGAUGAUUAUCGCUACAUGGAAACAGCACAUUGGUGCCCUAUGCUUCCCAGCAAACCCCAGGAUGAAAACUUCAGAAACCACAUACCGACAGUCCAGGCUCACAAAGAGACUUUGGAAAUUGUAAAAAAGAAUUCACUUCUGGAGCAUGUCCCAGAUAUCCUCAACCAUAUAAGUUCUCCAGCAUAUUGCACACUGUUCAAACCGGCAGACUCCGCAGUGAAAUAUGUUGGACCACCAGGUGAGAAUACGUCCUUAGCAGCUCCGGACAGACAGAGUGGAAUGAACGGAGGAAGGCCAAGUGUGGACAAGGAUGUAGAAACGCCGUCUGGGGAGCCAGAAGUAGAGGAGGUCACACCUAUGAUCACUCAGAUCUUCAGUCUGGCUGACAGUGCAGGAACAAGUGGGAUGGAACAAGAACAUGAGCUGUUAAUGCUACUGGAGGCCCUGCACAGCUCUGCACUCCCCACACUCUGGUUUGCCAUAAUGGUGGAGGGCCCGAUGCUACAGCUACUGCAGUGCUCCAAGCUCUCCCACAUGGUGGACACAACCGUGCAGAUUGACCCGGACUUCUACUAUCAGAUCUGUGUACAGGGCCAGCCGCUGCUCCUCACCCACCCGCUGUAUGAAGCUCACCCAUCGUCCUUGACAUCUGUGCCUCAGGUGGCAAACCUGCUCCUGGAUCUGGAGAAGUACAACGUGUGCCAGGGGGUCCCGACCAAGGAGCAGCCAUUCAGCCAGGCUCCAAUUAUCAUUGAGCGGGCAUCAACCUGUGACUUUCUGGUACUUAAAGAAACCGAGCACUGUGCAAAGUGUAAGGCCUUAUCCUGUGGCAGUUAAGGCCAGGCAUCACACCCUAAUAGGGAUUCCCCCCCCCCCCGUUUAAUCAUAUCACAAUCAACUUUUACCAGUUGAAUUAGACACAAAUAAUAUUUUUUUGUAUUACAAUUUCUGAAAUAUUGUAUUAAAAUAUGCAAAUGAGAUUAUAUCUCAUUAAAUAUUUGCAUAUCCCGCAACAACAACAAAUUCUGGACACUAAAUAACCUAAAUAUUUUGGUUUCAUAUUGUUAAGACAUUCCAGGACUGGACUUACUCAGUGCAUUGUGGAUAAAUACUUUUUUCAUCUUUCUAUCUGUAAAAUACUAAAGACACACAAAAUCAAGAAAAUGUUAUCUAGAAUAAAUAAUAGAAAUUCCCUAUAGGAAAGUAUCGAGAAUAUAUCUAAUGAUAACCACACACUAUUUGGUGAAAACAGAUGCUUCUGAAGCUGGGGAAAAUGAGUUGGCUUGUGGGAAGAGUCUUGACUUUUGGGAAAUGGCAGUUAAAUACAAGUACACUGAAUUUAGACUACCACACACCAAACACCUAUUUAGACCCAAUCACCAUCUCUUCAAAGUAAGUUACUACAUAUAGUUCAGUUUUUUACAUUCUCUAUGAAAUGGGCUUUUAAAAUUGUGUAAUCCAAUGUAGUGGGCUUUGAAAUUAUGGAUAUGUCCAUUUUAAAGUGGUUAAAAUUCAUGACAUUUUGAUGACGGUAGAAUGAUAAACGAAAGAAAAUAUGCAUUUUUAUCAAGAUUGUCAUUUUUGUUUACUUUUUGAAAAUACUAAUAUUAAUGGACCAAAAUACCAACAAAUCUCAAUUGAUAGGUAGAUGCUGAAAUGUCAUUUCAGCCUGGGGUGCCUGGCCUUAAGAACAUUUGGUGCCGCAGUGCAGGGUUAAGAGUCACCAGCACUUAGCAGUGCCGCAGUACAGAGCAUCGCACCUCUGCCCUCACAGAACAUCUCAAGUCUUUGGUGGCGAUGGACAACCUGGACUGUCUAGUAUUUUACGCUCUUACCACUAGACUUUGCAAUGAUAUUUGUUAGGAAGUUGUUGUUUUUUAUUGCCCAUUUCUUAAGUCUGUCUUACAAUUAAAUGUACAAAUCAUGAGGGUUUAAAGCCUGCUUUUUUUGCAAUAGCUUUUCAGGUUGCUUGGAGCACUAGUACAGAAUAAUCUGACAUCCAUUGUGAGCCGUGUGUCCUGUUUAUUUUUAUCCUGUUUAGUGGUCAAUGUGGAAGGUCACAGUGCGUCCACAUUUCCUCAUGUAGACAAACCACUGAUUCUCUUGGUAAAGUAAGCAACCUUCAAACAAGUUAUUGACCAUAAGCACAUGAACAUUGAUUUGCAGAUUAAUCAAUAUGUGAAACUAAUGCCCCAAAUGAAGACUUACGUGGAUGGGAUUCACAGGAGGCUGCUGAGGGGAGGACGGUGCAUAAUAAUGGCCGGAAUGGAGCGAAUGGAAUGGCAUCAAAAACCUGGAAACCAUGUGUUUGUAUUAGUACCGUUCCCCUCAAUCCGCUCCAGCCAUUACCACAAGCCCGUCCUCCCCAAUUAAGGUGCCACCAACCUCCUGUGAUGGGAUUAUCACAUUCAGUCAACCAUUUAACCCAAUGUUGUUGUUUUGAGAGAAGGGCUUCCAGAACCUCUUCUAGAGGGUGACAGACCGUGUGUGAUAAUCCUCAUAAGCAUCAUCUUCCUAUUGCCACUGUCAAUCAUCUCAAGAGAACCACAGCCAAAUGGCAUGCUUGAUUUGAAUUAAGCAUGUUAUACUGUUUCUUUCACAGUGUUCAUGGACAUUUUGUUAGGUAACUACAGUCAGGUCUCUCUCUGUUGAAGAUGUACUCUUCAGAUGUACACAUCUAAAAAAUACAGAUGUGCUAAAGUUGAAGCAGUAUUUCGUUUUCUGUACAGCUAUUUUUGAAAACAUUUAUUUGACAAAAAAGUAAAAUCUGUAUUUCAAAAAGAUUAAGCACCGAAUUAUUCUAUCAUGAUUGAAAAGAAUCCCUCUUAUUGUCCCUUGUUUGAAGCAUGUGAAUUCUAUUCCUAUGGCACUGGUCAGUGUGUUGUUUUUUUUCUACUUCAGACAGUUAUUCCAACUUUUCGUAUCGUGGAGAAAUAUGCAUCUGUAAAGUGUGAAAAUUCUGGUGUAUUAAUAAAGCCUAUUUUUUGUCAAAUAAAGUGGUUUAUGAUAAA